AACCGCUGAAGAGGCGAGGCGCGGGUGUGACGUCACCCCUAGACCCAUCCUUCCUGGGGGUGGUUAUGCAAAUAUAACUCUGGGGUCCAGUUGCCGAUUACAAGAAGCCGAAAAAAGGAGGGCUAACUUUCGAGGGAGGUGACAUUCCUGAGCACUUCAGCGAGUCUGCAGCAGUGCUGUCCAGUCCGUUUCGCAAGAGGGACGGUUCCAGAUUUUGCAAAUUAUAUAUAUUUCCUGUUGAAGACGACGGCGUUGAUAAGCAGGGAGCCCCAUGCGGUUGACUCGUCCAAGGCUGUCCUGAUCUCCACGCGAAGCACAGCGACCGCUCCGGAGUUGAGUAGGAGCUCCCGAAGUGCGCUCCUCGGAUAUACCCGCCCCGCCGAGAGCGGCUCGCCGUCCGAAGUUGGAGUUGAAUGAGCCUGAGACCAUGCUGUGGAAGUUAGCGGACAACGUGAAAUACGAGGAAGACUGCGAGGAGAGGCACGAUGGCGGCAGCAACGGGGCCCCCCGGCUGCCGCACCUGACGGCGGUCAGCCAGCACCUGUACAGCCCGGCUCCUCCCCUCUCCCACUCGGGCAGCUCCGACUUCCAGCCGCCCUAUUUCCCUCCGCCCUACCAGCCGAUGGCGUACCCGCAGUCCGGCGACCCCUACUCGCACCUGAGCGACACCUUCAACAUCAACCCCCUGCACCAGACGGGUCUGGAGCUGUGGCACAGGGAGGUGGUCAAGCGGCUUGUUGGAGUCGAGCUGCGGCCGUGCAGCCCCGCACUCACGAGGGGGAACGAGAAUGUGGAUGACCACAGCAUAUUAAUGGCGGAUCAGACGGUAAUUAAAAAAGUAUUAGGACUCAGAUGUGGCUGGGCCCAUGAGCGGGUACAGAGGAGGUAUUUUGACAGUGGCUAUCUUGCAGGCGAGGACGAAGGUACAUCAAUGCCUCUAGGACACUGCGGCCAGGCGGAAACGGGGGACCGCUACCGUUCCUGUAAAUCCCCCCGCAAAGACCUCCCGGAGGAGGACCCUCGCUUCACUAAACCCAGAAUAAAACGCGUUUCCUUACCCUUAUCCUCCUCCUCCUCCUCCUCCCACAGAGCAAAGUCCAAAAACGGGGGCCGAUCGCUGAGGGAGAAGCUCGACAAGAUCGGCCUGAACCUGCCGGCGGGGCGCAGGAAGGCGGCGAACGUGACCCUGCUGACGGCGCUGGUGGAAGGUGAGGCAGUGCACCUGGCCCGGGAUUUCGGCUACGUGUGCGAGACGGAGUUCCCUGCCAAGGCCAUGGCAGAGUACCUGAGCCGACCACACGUGGAGCGCAACGAGAUCAACAGCCGGAAAAAUAUGCUGCUGGCCGCCAAGCAAAUCUGCAAGGAGUUCACUGACCUCCUGACCCAGGACCGCUCCCCUCUGGGGAACACGCGCCCCGCGCCUAUCCUGGAGCCGGGCAUCCAGGGCUGCCUGACGCACUUCAGCCUGAUCACCCACGGCUUCGGCAGCCCCGCCAUCUGCGCCGCCAUGACCUCGCUGCAGAACUACCUGAACGAGGCCCUCAAGCAGGUGGACAAGAUGUACCUGAGCUCGGGCGAGGCGCAGGGAGGCUCCGAGGGGGCGAGCAAGGCCACAGACAAAAUGGACAAGCACAGGAAGUGAGACGGGCCACGCCCCCCGCCCCCCACACCACCCUGCGUGCUCCGGCUGUCUGGAGCCUGCAGACGCUCCUACGUGCCGAAUUACCUUUGAACUGCACCGACAACCCCAAAAGCCACAAGCCUCAUCCGAUUUCCGUCGGCGUUUUUUCUUUUUUUCCCCCUUCCGAGUUUGAUGUUUCCUGGUAGUGCCCCCCUGACGUGUCUGGCCUGUUCCGCGUUGCUCCUGCCUCUGACAGUGGAGUGGUCGGGCUGGCCAGCUGCGUGCGUGUGGGCGUGGACGCUCUCCGUACCCCAGAGGAGCUGUCGGCGGCAGCGAGGAAGGAGGGAGGGAGGGAGGGGGGCUGAGGCGCAGGUCUGUGGCGUUGUGUGAAACUCUCCGCACGGGAGCCGGCGCUCUCCUGGACUUUCUGACCCCACCCGCUGUAAAGAGUCUGACAGGAUAACAGCAGGACUAAAUGCAUAAGACCAGAGAGACGACAAUUUACUGGGCCUUUUGUGUUGGAAAGAGGACAUCGCUUGGCUACAGUGCUAACGGGCACAGAUCUGGAAACAUUUACAAGGGUGCUGUAGGUGAGGACAGAGGGGAGGUGUAUAGCACCCAGAUGCAAGGACAGUCCUUCACAGCUCUCUUGUUGGAGGAGGAAAACUUGAAAUGUGAGAAGAAGGGGUGUCUUUUUUUUUUUAAUGAACCCCGCUGUUGGUGGACGAGGGGACUCAAAGAUUACCUGCAUCCUAAACAGUUCUUAAUAGGAAAGUUUUAAUCGAGAUUUUUUUUUUUUUGCGCUACUCUCAUGUUCACCCCCUGCGGAGUUCAAAGAGCCGCGGACAGAGGGACGUCGCCGCACAAAAGCACGUCGGCCGCAUGACGCCAUCAAAGGGCGCAAAGGGCAGGGCGGCGUUUUUCCUGACCUUCCGACGCCACGAGCUUUUAAUGAGCAGAGAUGCCCCGGAACUGCUUAAAACCCCACUGGAAAAUCUUCACCUGCCUCUUCAACUGCAGCAAGACAGCGGAGUCCCUGGAAAAACAUUUUUUAAAAAACUUUUUAGAAGAAGAGAUGAGAGAGGGGGAAUUGUGUACUUCCCUGCCUGACUCUUUUAAAAAGAAUUUGUGUAAAGUGAGGAUUUUUCUUUCAUCUUCCUUGAAUGUAAAUAUUUUAUUUAUGUUGUAAUUUAACGGGAUUUGUAAAUACUGGUGUACCACUUCGCUUUUUAAGAAGUUUUGUAAAUGGGUUUCGCUUCUUUUGUUUGUUUGUUUUUUUUUAAUACAGAAACAAAAUGCGGCGUUGUUGGGCAAGACAACGUACGUUAUACAUUUUUUUUUGUGCGGAAACGUAUUUUAAAAGCAAAAAAAAAAACAAUAAAACAGGGUAUUUGAAA